AAAGGCAUCAUCCAUCCUGUAAUCGGUGGUUGGUUAUGUGUGACAGCUUGUAGUUGGGACUUGCCUGGAUUACUAUGAACACAGGUAGGCAUAGUCCAGCCAUGGCAAGCAAGCGGAAAUGGCCAGAUAAAAUACAAAACAGACCAGCAGGGAAUAAGCGACGGCGAGAGCAAGAGAGUGCGUACAUUGAAGAACUGGCGGAUUUGAUUUCUUCUAGUAACACAAACCUUGAUUCGUGGAACGUUAAACCCGAGGAACGUGCAAAAGUUGAAGAAGUUGUGAAGGGGAUCAAGCAACAAAAGCAGCAGCAAGCUUCAGAUCCUUCAGUAGGAAUCCAGCACGACCAUGUAUCAUCAAGCAAUCCGGGUGUGAUUGCUAAGGAUAAGCUUGGUCCGGUGUUACUGGAGGCACUUGACGGGUUUCUUUUUGUGGUAAAUUGCCACGGCAAGAUUGACUUUAUUACAGAGAACGUCUCGUCAUACUUGACUUCAACUCAGGAUGACUUAAUGGGAACGACUGUUUUUAAUUUGAUUGCGCAAUCUGAUCACCAAGUGUUUAGAAAUUGUCUCCAUCCACUCACUGCAGCAAACAACAGCUCAUGGAUGGUGGAUCCCAUGUCAAGGAACAAGAGAAACCAUUCAACGUUUGAGCUACGAAUGAAAACCAAAUUAGCUGACGACGCAGACAUACAUGAUGCCAGGUUUAUUACGAUGAAGUGUUCGGCAAUGGUCAGGACCUCGUUGAAGAACGAGGAUACAGGCUCAUCAAACACAGAUCAACCGUCACAUUUAUUUUGUAUUGCAAGAAGGCUUACUAUUGAAGAAAUGAAUAACACAAGGCCAAGUAACGAGGUUUUUAGUACAAACCACGACUUUAAUGGGAAGAUCUUACGAGCUGAUGUGGAUAGUCUUCAGCCUCCGCAUUACAACAGAGAGCAACUUGUUGGCCAAAACUAUUUUGAUUUGUGUUUUGCGCAAGAUAGGGAACUGGUUCGUAAUCAUUUUGAUGAAGGUACGAUAAGAUACUUCAUAUUCUGA